AUGAAUGUAGAAAUAGAAAAUUUUGUCAGCAAAUGCCAAAUAUGUCAACAAUAUAGUCGAAACAAUACAAAAGAACCACUAAUAUUACACCAGAUUGAAAAAAUUCCCUGGUUCAAAGUUGGAAUUGACAUAUAUGAAUUGUAUGGAGAAGUCUAUUUACUCGUAGUAGACUAUUAUUCAAAAUAUGCUGAAAUUGCAAAUCUUAACAGAAACAUGACCUCAACCUCAGUUAUAAAACAUCUGAAAUCUAUUUUUGCUAGACAUGGAAUACCAGCUAUAGUAGUCUCAGAUAGUGGCACACAACUGAUUAGUCAAGAACUACAAAAAUUUGCAGAAGAAUGGAAAUUUCAAAUACACCCUAGUUCUCCAUAUCACCAACAAGGAAAUGGAAUGGCAGAAAGAACCAUUCAAACUGUCAAAAAACUAUUAAAGAAAACAAUCGAAACAAAAGCAGAUAUUGAACUUGCCUUACUAGCUUAUCGAAACACACCUGUAUAUGGCACCUACACACCAUCACAAAUUCUAAUGGCAAGAUUACUUCGAGAUAACGUACCGAGAUCCAAACAUCAUCUUGAAUCUCAACUAAUCGAGCGAAAUAAAUUUCAUAAAGAAAUGGAACAAGCCAGACAGAAACAAAAGAAAUACUACGACAGAAGUACUAAAGAGCGACCAAUUCUAGAGAAUCUUAUAUAUUAUCAGGACAAACCUGGCACUCGAUGGAAAAAAGGAAAAAUAGUGAAGUCACUCAACGAUCGUUCCUAUCUUAUACAAACGGAGGAGGGUAAAACCCUACGAAGAAACAAACAAUUUCUCAAACGUAGAAGGGAGGAAAUAGAUAUAGAAACGAAUAUUGAGAAUGAUAUCGGUACCAAUGAAGAACAAGACAGGGUACAACAACAUGCGACCUUAGUUGUGCCAAUUCCUCCGAAUAAUCGAAUAUCACUUCAAAAUAGACCGCAUAGAACGAUUAAGAAAAAUCCAAAGUAUUUUGGUCCCCAAUUUGUUAAUUCCUAA